UCAAUACACAACCCCUCCCUCGAUUUCCUCACCACCGCUCCCCAUCUUCCCAUGGCGGAGCGGGACACACCAAUAUCUCACGAUGAGCAUGAUGACGACCCGCCUUCAUCGGAGCAACCCGAAUCAGGAGCCUUCCGCCCCGGCACCUACGUCGUCCAGGUCCCAAAAAACCAAAUCUACCGCGUUCCGCCCCCGGAGAACGCCCUUAUAGCGGAGCGCCACCGGAACCCCGCCCGCAACAACGACGAAAACAACAACAACAACAACAGGCGGUGUGGCUGUUGUUCCUUGUGUUCUUGUGUCUCGUCUCUCCUUAUUGUACUCCUAAUUGUUCUUGGUUUAAUAGCUGGCAUUGUCUCCGUAUUGCUCGGGCCUAAGGAUCCUACAUUUUACGUUGAACGUGUUGUUUUCAAGGCUAAUUCACGUUCUCCGGAGUAUGAUAUCACGUUAAGAGUCAAAAAUCCGAACAAAUUUGCCGGCAUUUUGUACAAGAAAGGUGGCGUUGCUUCCCUCUCUUUCCGGCAACGGGAAAUCGGCAGAGGAAACUACCCGACUUUCUUCCAAGACCAUAAGAAUUCAACGGUAUUUGGUAUAGUUUUUCGUGGCUCCAACGAGAUUAUGUUGCCCAUGGAGAUUGAAAGAAGCGUGAAAAACCGGAAGGCGAAAUUGGAAGUUUCUUUCUCUCUGAAGAUGGAUGUCAUGGCACGAAUGAGAAUUGGGAUAUUGAAGAGCGGGAGCAUGAAAUUUGCUGUUGCUUGCGAUUUGACGGUGGAUACGUUGGCUAUUAAGGAUACACGUGUCCUGGCGCAGAAAUGUCAUACGAAACGCCGGCUGCGGUAGAUGUGGCGGUGGUGAUCGAAGGUUGUGAAAAUUAAUUAAUUCAAAGAUCGAAUUUUCUUUUAUGUAUGUAUGUAUGUAUGAUUCAUACAUUUGUUUCCAUUGCAUGCAUGCAUGUGUUUUCUCAUUGAUUGCCUGGUGAUGUGAGA